UUCCACCAGCUGUUCACGAAGCAUCAACAGCUGGUAUAUCAGCUGAUUUGGGUGAAAAUGAGUUCCUCGGGAUCACAAUUGUCCAUUUCCGGUACCGGUUCGCAAUCCGCCGUCAGCUCGAAUCUUCUCAUUCCGGAGCAUGAACGCAGCCUCGCCCAGCGAAUGUUGCUGUACGUGUACGACCGGUCGGCCAUCGUGGCCGCUCGCCAGCUGGCUUUCUGGGAGCAGUUUCGUCAGGCUGCACCGGACGUCGAAAUGUCCGCCCCAGACCUUCGGGCAAUGUUCUACGGCGAAGUGCUCUACGAACCGGAACACUUUGACGAUCUGGAAUACGCGGUCAGCCAGUACAUCAACCCCCGGUUCAAUCAGAUCCAGCUGGAAGCGCUCGAAUUUGGCGAUAUGGCCGAAGAAGAAGACUACGUGUUGAAUGUACCCCGCGACGCCGCACCCUUUCCGAACGACGGCGGCGUGAUGAACUUCGAACAGCUGGUCAACUACAUAUCCAGCCCAAUCGAAGUAGCCAGGAACGUUCAGCUUCCCCCGCUGAACGUGCAGCUGGUUGCUGCGCCGGCGACUGCCACCGUUCUUCACUCGCUGGAUGCAAACCUAAAGCAACGAUUCUGCCAGCUGCUCUCGGAACUGGUCUACACAAGUGAUGAAACUGUUGAGAAACCGAUCCUGAAGGUAGAAGACAUUUGCGAGCGCGUGCUGGCUCUCACCGCCAAGGGCAUAUGCCUGCAAGACCUGCUGGAACCGGGAAUGGAUUGCUACAAGCUGUUGAACGGCGGUGCUUCGACUGCCACUCCCGACAAACCUAUUUCGACUGCCACUGGCCAGGAUCAGGUCGUUCCGGUUGUUGCUGGGACGAUUUCCUCAAGUGCACUGAAGCGUUGGAAGUCGUUCGAUGAUUCCGGACUGGGCAAGUCACCGCCCAAGUAUCGGCGUUUGAAUGCCCCUCUGGCAACGGCGUCGUUAUUGGCCCGGCGACACCAUGGUAGGGUGCGACGGACGCUGUCGGCGCCCUUGAAUAAUUUCAUGUAAGUUUGUUGGAACAAGGUACAUACCUAUGUGCAUAUCACACUUUUAUCUUCGAUUGGUAGGUUUUAAGCACAAUGUAAUUUUUUAAAUCUAGAGAAAUAAACAAAGUGGACCAAAGAGAAUUACAUGCCUAAAUGCUAACCGUCGUGCUUAGAAAU